UAAAAAUUCACACCAACACCUGGUGAGUACUUCGCACUUUACCCGGGUAAACACAGAUAAAAUUGAUACAAAAAAAUAUAGCAGAAAAAUGCAGCAACACAUGUAGUUAUCAUCGAAAACAUCUGCAUCGCACUAUAUAAAUUUUGUUUACAUUUUUAAAGAUGAUGCCAUUAUCAACGAAUGUUUAUAAUAAUUUAUAUUCACUGCAAGGAGAACAUUAUCCUGGGAGGUCUUACAUCACAAAUAAAUCAAGUGUUGUCUAGAAUUAACGAAAAAUGUAUAUUCUUUUGCUGGUGUUGUGCGUGAUAGCAAUAUUUUUAUUUCGACAGUACACUUAUCAUAAAUACUGGAAAUAUGUUAACGAAAUUCCAGGACCAGAGACUUUCCCAAUUAUUGGCAAUUAUGAAUUAGUUAAUUUAGAGAAUGAGGAACUUUUUAGAAUCCUCCGCGAGAGAUCAAAACUUUUCUAUCCAAUAUACAAAAUAUGGGGCCUCUUCGAGUUAUAUUUAAUUAGCCUUGCAGGCCCCCCUGAGGACAUGGAGCUAAUUUUAGGACAUUCGGAAAAUAACAAUAAAAGUUUUGUAUACAGGUUGUUAAAUAAUUGGCUUGGAACAGGGUUAUUAACCAGCAAUGGUAGCAAAUGGCAUUCCAGAAGAAAGAUUCUGACUCCAGCUUUUCACUUUAAUAUCUUACAGAAAUAUCUUGAAGUGUUUAAUAAAGAAACAGAAAUUUUACUUGACGAGCUAGAUAAGGACGCUGGAAAGGAAUAUAUUAAUGUAGUGAAACCAAUGACUGAUUUUACGUUAUUUUCAAUAGGAGAAUCUGCUUUGGGAGUGAGUUUACGCGAAAAGAAUUGUGAUGAGUAUAAAAAGGCUGUUCAUGCGUAUGGAAAAAUGGCCACAUAUAGAAUACUCAAACCACUUUUGUAUCAAGAUUUUAUAUUUAAUAUGCUUCCAAUCGGCAGAGCCCUUAAAAAAUAUGUCUUAAAGACUUUACAUGAUUUAUCAACCAAUAUAAUUCGAGAAAGGGAGCAAAGCAAACAAAUGGAUGCCCAAGGAAAUUUUUCUUACUCUAAAAGAAAAAGAUUAGCUUUAUUGGACUUAAUGCUUGAAGCAAGAGCAGCUGGUGAAGAUAUUGAUGAAAAAGGAAUUAAAGAGGAAGUAGAUACGUUUAUGUUUGAGGGACAUGAUACGACAUCGGUAGCACUCUGCUAUGUUCUGUUAAAUUUAGCUAAUGAGCAAGAAUAUCAGGCAAAAAUAUAUGAAGAAAUUCUAUCAGUCUUAGGAACAACCCAAUAUCCAACUCAGCAACAACUAGGGGAGCUCAGGUUCUUGGAAAGAUUCGUUAAAGAAUGUCUGCGCCUUUAUCCUAGUGUGCCAUUUAUUUCCCGAGUGACUGGAAAGACUAUACACACUCAUUCUGGAUACACAAUACCUAAAAAUUCGACAGUUCUUAUACAUAUUUAUGAUCUGCACCAUAACGCGGAAGUAUGGGAGGAUCCAGAGAGAUUUGAUCCUGAUAGAUUUUUGCCGGAGAAUGUUGCCAAAAGACACCCGUUUGCAUAUUUACCAUUUAGUGCUGGAGGAAGAAACUGUAUAGGUCAGAAAUUUGCUAUGCUGGAAAUAAAGGCGGUAUUGUGUGGAAUACUUAGAAAAUUUAAAUUGGAAGCAGUAGACAAACGAGAAGACAUCAAAUUUAUAGCAGAUCUCGUAUUAAGACCAACUGGCGAAAUACGAGUCAAGUUUUCUCAUCGACAAUAAAAUAUACACUUACCUUCACAUACUUAAUACCUGAAAAUUCUUACCUGAAAAUAAUAUUGGUAGAAAUACACUUAUAUUUUUCUCAAAUUAUCAUUUGAAAUAAAAUACAACAAGUGAAUAAUUGACGUA